GGUAUCAUUAACGAUUCCGAUCUUAAUAUUCUCUGAUAUUUAACCGCCAGAAAAAAGUACAUUUAAGUUACUUAAUUGAAGUAUUUAAAAUUCCUAAGAACUACAGUUUUACUGAAAAUUACUUCAAGAAUGUCUUGGGCGGUUAGUGUAAAGAAAGAAGAACAAAGAAAACUAGAAGCUGCUGGGGAGAUACCUUCGCCGGCUGUGUCUGAGCCCAAAGGAAAAGAGAGUGGAAAGCUUGAAAUAGGACAUUGGGACAACAAUGAUAACAAAGAGAAGGAGGAUAAAACAAAAGAUGGAGCAACUUCAGCCGACUUAUCCCUGCUAAAUAAACUGUUGCGAUCUCGUUUAGUACCUGUUAAAGCUGACCUAGAAAUUAUUCAAAGAAAUCCAAAUUCGCCUUUGUAUUCAGUUAGCUCUUUCGCAGAACUGAAAUUAAAUGAUGAACUUUUACGCGGAGUAUAUGAUAUGGGAUUUAAUGCACCGUCAAAAAUUCAAGAAAAAGCCUUACCUCUACUAUUAGCUGAACCCUAUCAGAAUAUGAUUGCACAAUCACAGAGUGGAACGGGGAAAACAGCUGCAUUCGUUUUGACCAUGUUAACACGUGUAAAUAUUGGCGAAAAAUAUCCACAGGCUUUAUGUCUUGCUCCAACGUACGAAUUAGCACUUCAAAUUGGCGAAGUCUGUGAGCAAAUGUCUAAAUUCAUGACCGGCUUGGAAAUCAUAUUUGCUGUUAAGGGCCAAAGAUUGGAUCGUGGAUCGAACUUGACUGCUCAAAUAAUAAUUGGAACUCCUGGAACUGUUCUUGACUGGGGCCUAAAAUACAAAUUUUUCGAUUUGAAAAAGAUAAAAAUCUUCACUCUAGACGAGGCUGACGUUAUGAUCGAUACUCAAGGUCAUCAUGACCAAACGCUUCGUAUCCACAGACUUUUACCAAGAGAGUGUCAAAUGCUACUCUUUUCUGCCACCUACGAACAACCGGUUAUGGAUUUUGCAAAUAAAAUCAUUCGAGAUCCCAUAAUUAUCCGUUUGAAAAGAGAAGAAGAAUCAGUUGACAAUAUUCAACAGUAUUACGUUGACUGUCAAGGACAAGAAGACAAAUAUCGUGCUAUUUCUGACAUUUAUUCAUCUGUAACUGUUGGUCAGUCAAUGAUUUUUUGUCAAACAAGAAAGAAUGCGAAUUUAUUGGCUGAGAGAAUGAUAAAGAAUGGACACAGAGUAGCAAUUCUGUCAGGAGAAUUAGAUGUUACACAAAGAGCAAGCAUUAUUAAAAGAUUUAGAGAAGGGGACGAAAGGGUACUAAUUACGACGAAUGUAUCAGCGAGAGGAAUUGAUGUUGAGCAAGUGACUCUUGUUGUGAACUUUGACAUGCCGAUAGAUGCUGCUGGGGAUGCUGAUUGCGAAACGUACCUUCAUAGGAUAGGCAGAACUGGUCGAUUUGGCAAAUGUGGUAUUGCUUUAAACCUUGUUGAUGGAACCAAAAGUCGAAAAAUAUUAGAAGCUGUUCAAAGGCACUUUGGUCGAGAGAUAAAGAAAUUGAAUACUGCAGAUGAAGAUGAAAUGGCUCAACUGCCUGUCUACGCUUAG